ACGUGGGGCUAUUCCGGGAACAACCAUUGGAGGGCAGUAGGGUUCAUUUUCAACAAAGUCACAAGAAAAAGAAAAAGAGAGAGGUGUCAGGGUAUUUCGACACUAUGGCGGAUGACAAGAGUCCCCUCAGCCAGCUUAAGGACCUUGUGGAGCUGAAGGACCAGCUGGAAGACAUUCAGAGACGAGUGGAGGAUGAGAUACAGGCUGGGGUUCCUCCGGGAGGCAGUCUGCUGGCUUCUCCUUUCCUGAAGGGUUUUCUGGCUGGCUACAUUGUUGCAAGGCUACGCUCUUCAGCACUGAUGGGUGUUGCUGUAGGAACAUGUACAGGAAUCUAUGUAGCACAAACUUAUGCAGUUCCCAACAUUGAAAACACAGUGAAAGACUACAUACGCAACCUGAGAGGAGGAAGCAAGUAAGAAGAGAGGAAAAGUAAGAAGAUAAGACAUGACGGACAUCUAGAAGAGGUUGCCGGUACAAUUUCAUAUGGGAACAGAUAUGAAUUUCAAAUGUUAAAAAGCUUUCAGUUAUUAUUAUUUUCACUUUCCACAUGAGUAAAUAGAAAAGUUCCAAAGUAGAAAUCCAAAUUACAGAGUAAGAUGAAAUGGUGAUUCUUACCAAAUUUCUUUUUCUGAUUCAGUUGUAGCUCAUUCAUCUGAACUCUUGCUAUAUGAGUAUUCAGAAUGGCUUACUGAAAUACAUUUUUUUACAAAAUCAGUAUUUUACCAUGCAUGUGGAAAGCAUUGCAAUUCAUUUAAUUUAAACACUAGUGCAACAUCAGCACAUAUUUCUUUCCAGUCUUUGAGAUGUAACUAAGUUGCUGCCUGUAAUAGAAACAUUUUCGCUGCUGUAAUUGAUUUCUGACUUCAACCCUAUCCUGCUUGAAACCUACAAAGAGAUCAGCCUUUAUCCUCAUAUGUAGGAAAGACAUGUUUGGUCUUUUACCUGCUGUUGUAAGGAAGUUCUCUAGAGAGGAACGCACCUCCUCUGUUCUCUUUUUCAGAUGGAAAGCGAGUAUCCACCAAAGCACAUAGAGUUUUGGUGGUUUACAAAGUUUGCCCUUGAUUUGUGCCAUGUAUGUUCAUUUAUAGGCAGUAUACAUGUAAAGCAUGUGAGUUUUAGAAAUGUGUUGUCUUCUAGUGAUCAGAAAUCAGUUAUAGCAGCCUUACUUUCUCAGGGGGUGAAGCGUGUAAAAACUGUCCCAUCUCACAUCUCAUGGUGCUUUUCAGUGUAAAACUUGUCAAAACCCCUAAAUGAUUUUUGUUCCUUCUCACAUUGUGGUCUGUGUGUCUGAGGUGUGGCGUGGUCUGUCUUCGCAGGCACAACAAACGCCAUGAGUCUAUAGGUCAAUUUUUUCACUUGGUAAAAUAUUUUUGUUUUUAAAUUACAAUCCUGAAAAAUAACUUGCACUUGCACAAAAAUAAGGAAAAAUUCUCCUGUAAAUGUGUGUAAUAUUUCUCCAUAUAUUUGACUCCACAUUUCAGCCUGGAAAUGCUUGAGAACACGGUGAAUCCAAUGAAAAUUUUAUGCUGAAAUAAAUUUGCUGUAUAAUUUCAGUUGCACUUGUGAGAUUUAACAAAACACGGUAGCGUGUGUUGAAUUAUUUUAUGUUUUAAAAAUCAAAUCUAUAUGUUAAGAGUGCCUACUCUGGUUUGGACUUGAUAUUGUCAUCUCAUGCCAUGUGUGCAAUAGCCAUUCCUCAUAGGAGUUGGCUGCCUAUUUCAUAUGCUGGAAACCAGUUGAGCUUUUGCACUUGUAUGAAUUGUGGAUGUGUAAUCUUUCCAUUUUUUUCUUGCAGCAAUCAAGUAUGUUUUUUAUCCCAGAAAUAUCAAACUUGUCAAAGAACACUAGUGAUAUAGUGACCUUGUACUUAUUUAAAAUGCCAUGUCUGCAUUAUUUUUUUCUGAGGUUUCUUAAGGUGUUUUUGUUAAUUUGAGAUUUAAACCCCAAAAUAAGGUCUCUAUUACAUUAGCUGUCUGAUGCCACAGAGCUGCACAAAUUCAAUAUCGAAAUGUGGUCUUUCACAGCAAGUGUCUGAUUAAAGCCAAAAUAUACUGUUCAUACUAUUCAUGUAAACCGUACAGCAAUACACACAUUUUAGAAAGUAAAACUAUGUUUCUGCAACUUACUCAGCAAUGUGUGAAACUAAAAUUAUGGAAAAAGAGAAAGAAAUGUAAAACUACACUAAGAUGGUUUGCACAUGACCCCAACAUGAAUUAUGCCAGGUAAUGUGUUGGUGCUGGUGAAAUUAAAAAGCCCUAAUUAUCACAGAAAGCCAUAAGUCUGAGUUCAUAUUGAGGUUAUCUUCAUUUUAGUUUGGAAAGUUACUUAAAAAACUACAUGUACUUGAUUUUUUGCCAACUGGAAACUAUGAACAGCUUGUGCCUAUUGGCAGUCAUUGUUUUGCUGUCUCUAUUUUGCUUGCUUCUUAUUUCUUUAUUUCCUGCCCAUUAUGUGUUUGCAUGUUUCCUCUUGGUUUUUGAAUAGUCCCUUUCUUUAAAGAUGUGCUGUGGAAUUUAGACGGGUCUUUCGAUGGUGCUUUAUUUCACUGGCUAAUCCGUCUUGCCUGUUGUGGGUUUUCGCUCCUGUACAUCAAUGCACAAGUAUUCAACUUGACAGUUUUAAAGUUGCAUUGUGACAUUGUUGUAAGAAAUCCACCAAACUGUCUUUAAGAGGUUUAUUUGGGUUGAUCAAAUAAAAGUGGAAAAUACAGUUUA